UGCCAGUACUGGGGCGCAGGGGAGCCCCGGGCUGGGGCCACUCUGCAGGGGCUUGUGCCCACUGGAGCUGGGGGGUAGCCAUUCCAGCCUAGGUCCCCUCCCCACAGGGUCUCUGCCUGCCUCCUGUCUGGGUGAGGAGGGGUGACGGCUCUGGUGCAACUGUAUCCCAAAUCAUGGCCUGAGCAGGCGGCCAGCCUCCAGACCUGGACUCCCUGGCCUGUCCAGUGGAACCAGGAUCAAGGAUGCUGGAGCUAGGGAGGCUCAGAGGAGGCGGGGGAGAGUGUCCUGGCAUCCAGUGCCCAGGGCAGUUGGGGGGGCUCCCACCCUUACCACUUCCUGUGCCCUUCAGACUCCAUCCCUCAGCCCUGGAUGUGCCAGGGCUGCAGUGGAGGGAGGGGAGGGGGGCUGUGACCAGUGUGGAGAGGAGCUGCCGUCUGAGUGGGGCUCUUCCUGCUUCUAAGGUCUGAGACUGUUGGGGUGAUCGGUGUUGGGUGGCUUGGGCCUUGUUGAUAAGGGGUGGCUGGUGGUUGGGAUGUGGAGAUCUGGGGAAAGUUGGCAGAGGAAUGGCUGUGGGAGACUGAGCCUGUGAGCUAGAGAUCAUUGGCAGAGCUGGAGGGGUUUAGAAAGAUGGAUGUGUGCACGUGAGUGGGAACGUGAUGCCUGAGUGAAAACUUCUGAGCCCUGGGCCCUUGCCAAAGGCUGGGGGGGGAGCAGUGACCUUUCCGAGGUCAGAGUGGGCAUGCCAGGCAUCCCAGGGGCUCCAUGGCUUCCCUCGCCCCUUCUCUCCGGCCCAGGCCAGGCAUGAGGGCCUCCAUCUUCUCCCCAGGGGAGGGGGAUCCUGGGCACCCUGGCCCGGCUGACAGCGCCUUCUCCGCAGAUGCCAGGCUGGUGUCGGAGCAGUUUUCGCAGGCCCCGCAGAAGCUGGCUUUCUACAGCUGGUAUGGCAGCGCCAGGCUCUUCCACUUCCGGGUACCCCCAGACACAGUGCUGCUGCGCUGGCUGCUGCAGGUGUCCAGGGGCAGUGGCCCCACCUGCACCAACGUGGAGAUCACCGUGUACUUCCGCUAUGGUGCCCCUCCCGUCAUCAACCCACUGGGCACCAGCUUCCCUGACAACACCUCCGUUCAGCCCUCCUUCUUCCUCAAGAUGCUGCACAGCAACGCCUCCAUCAACAUCUCCCACCCAGCACCCGGGGACUGGUUUGUGGCCGCCCACCUGCCCCCCUCAUCCCAUAAGAUUGAGGUGAAGGGCUUUGUUCCCACCUGUGCCUACAUCUUCCAGCCUGACAUGCUGGUCGUGCGAGUGGUCGAGGUCUCCAUCCUGGAGCCUGACGUGCCUCUUCCACAGACCCUUCUCUCCCACCCCAGCUACCUCAAGGUCUUCGUCCCCGAGUACACCCAGGAGCUGCGGCUGGACCUGCAGGGCUGUGCGUCCAACGGGAGCCUGGGCUGCCCUGUGCGCCUCACCGUGGGCUCGGCCACCCUGCCUGGAAACUUCCAGAAGGUGCUCACCUGCAGCGGCCCCACCCAGGCCUGCCACCUGCUGCUGCCCUCACCACCCUGGGACCGGUGGCUGCAAGUGACGGCCAAGAGCCUUGCCGGGCCCCGUGUGUCCGUGGCUUUCAGUGCUGUGGCUGCCCUCACAGCCUGCAGGCCGUGGAGUGUGAACUUCCAGCACCUUCUGCAGAGCAGCCCAAACCAGAGCAGCAACGCCUCCACUGGUCUGCUGCCCCCGACCCCCAGCUACCAGGACCUGGACCGGAGGGGCAGGGUGGGCGGCGGCUCCUUCUGCCUCAGGAGCUUCCCCGUCCUGCGGGAAGACGUGGACGUGGUAUCUGUGCGCUUCCAGCCCCUGGACAGGGUCUCGGUGCUCGUGCAGUCGGACAUGCCCUCGGUGAUGCGGCUGAACCUCAACACAGGCAUGGACAGCGGGGGCUCCCUCACCAUCUCCAUGUGGGUCAACAAGACUGCGAUUGCCAACACCUCAGUGGUAGCCUGUGUGACUGCUGCCUCACCCUUGCUCAGCUUCAACGCUUCGCUCAGCUGCACCACAGGUAUAGGUGGCAUCCGGCCCAGGGACCAGCAGGCCUUCUGGCUCCCUAUGACCAGGCCUUCCUCCUCCCCUGCAGCCUUCUUCCAGGGCCACCCCCUGUCUCUGAAUGCCUCUUCUCCCACGGCCAACCUCAUCAUCCCCUACCCAGAGACAGACAACUGGUACCUCUCCCUGCAGCUCAUGUGCCCUGAGAGACCUGAGGAGUGUGAGCAGGCCUCGGUCCUCGUGGAGACCACCUUGAACUUGGUGCCCUGCUUGAAUGACUGUGGACCCUACGGCCAGUGCCUCCUGCUGCGCAGACAUGGCUACCUGUAUGCGGGCUGCAGCUGCAAGGCAGGCUGGCGUGGGUGGAGCUGCACAGACAACAGCACAGCCCAGACGGCGGCCCAGCAGAAGGCGGCUGCCCUCUUGCUUACCCUGAGCAACCUCGUGUUCCUGGCCCCCAUCGCCAUCUCCGUGCACCGCUCCCUCCUGGUGGAGGCCUCCGUCUACGCCUACACCAUGUUCUUCUCCACGUUCUACCAUGCCUGCGACCAGCCGGGUGAAGCGGUGCUGUGCAUCCUCAACUAUGACACACUGCAGUACUGCGACUUCCUGGGCUCUGGAGUGUCCAUCUGGGUCACCGUCCUCUGCAUGGCCCGGCUGAAGGCUGCCCUGAAAUACGUUCUGUUUCUCCUGGGCGCUCUGGUCUUCGCCAUGUCCUUGCAGCUGGACCGCAGGGCCGCCUGGAACACAAUGGGGCCUUGCCUCUUUGCCAUUGUGGUCAUGGUCACCAUGUGGGUGUACCGCUGCGGGCGCCGGCGCCACUGCUACCCCCCCUCCUGGCAACGCUGGGUCUUCUACCUCCUGCCCGGCAUCUCCAUGGCCGCUGUGGCCAUCACCAUCUACACUUCCAUGAUGACCAGCGACAACUAUUACUAUACCCACAGCAUCUGGCACAUGCUGCUGGCAGGGAGCGCAGCCUUCUUGCUGCCACCACGUGAACAGCACACCAAGCCCUGGGCCUGCUCCCAGAAGCUCACCUGCCACUAUGAGAUCUGCAAGAACCACCGGGACGAGCUGUACACAGUGACAUGACACAGCCAGCUUGGGGACGUCUGCAGCUUUGAUGAUCUCUCUAGCCAGGGGCAGGACCAAAGGAGAGGGACCCUGUCCAGAUCCAUUUCCAACUGAAUAAAAUUGCCCUGAGCACUCUU